AUGCCAAGCUAUGCCAGCCUCUCAGGGGAAAUUGUCACCUUCGUCGUCUGCAGCCAACGACUACCCUAUUUUGUUAGCAGUUACCAUGGUACGCAGAUCACUCACGACGCUCGGGUGAGCGGCAAGCAGUCCGAGCAGCUCCGCAUCCGUGGAGGACACUGUAUAGGGAAGUCGGAGGGUAGGCCAACGUGGAUGCGAGACAAUUGUCAGGCGCUGUCCGGCUUUAUGCUCAACCAAGUUAUGCUACCAGGAACGCACAAAUCUGGGAACUACGACACAUUCAAGCCAGAAAUCAUCGUACCUAUUGAGAACGUACUCGACUAUCAAGAAGAGGACAUUUUCAGCCAGCUCGUUUAUGGCAUAAGAUUCCUCGAUAUCAGAGUUCGAGCCUACAAUUCAGACUUCUGGGUUAACCGAGAAGACAUCAGAGGUCAAAUCACGGUUAAGGAGUUAUUGCGAACCGUGAAAUCGUUUGUACGAGCCACCGGUGAAAUUGUCGCCGUCGACUUCCACCGAUUUAUAAGGGGAUUCGAAUUCACAUGUCCAGAUCGUGAGCGCAACCACAAGGCUUUAGUAAAACUAAUAGUAGAAGAGCUCAAAGACGUGAUCGCUCACAAAGACGCCGCACGCAAAACUCUUGGUGAGUUGAUGGGCAACUGCAGCGAAGUGAAGGGAAAAGUUAUCGUUAGCUACAAGGAGAAGUCCGUUCAAGCCAACUCGCAGUACUUCCUGCCGGCAUCACAUCGACUUUGGUCAGGAGCACGGAGUGUACAAAAACUCAAAAAAUACCUCGAGGACAGAGUAUGUUUGCAUCUUCCGGGGACACAGACGGUUUCUAUGGCGGAAAUGCACGCAUUGUUCCCCUUUUACACGGUCACCAAUCGGGAAUUUGCGCAGGAAGUCAACGGCGAGGUAACAAAAUGGUUCAGGGACGAGUGGUGGAAGUGCGCCAACGUGGUGGCCACUGAUUUUUUCCUCCGCAACGACAUUAUUAAUGUUGCCAUUAAAUCUAAUGUGAGACGCGUGGCAGAAAUGCGAAAUUCUGAUUGAACAGUUAGAAGGACAUGCUGUAUAAUUGUGUGUACCUCUCGCAGUUCCUUCCUAUUAAAAUCGGCUUCACCUUGAAUGAAUUCCGUUAUCCACAUACUCGAAGCUCUCUGCCAUAUGCUCUGUGACAUAAGGGCUCUGUGACAUAUGACAUGGACCACCAUGGGAGAAUCGCAACAAAGCGCUCCAAUUAAGAGCAAGAAAGCGAUUGCCAACAUCAUAACGCGCAGUGAUAUGGACCGCAUUUUGGGCAUGUGUCGUCGAGUUCCCCGUUCCUGUUAGUUUCUGGCAAUUCAUUUCACUUCUAGGUGAUGCAGCUACACAUGUGCACAUUCAGUUCGGUGGCCGGGAGGGGUGCGGGAUGGGUUUUUCUAUUUUUAUCUUUUCACCUUUUCAUUUUUCCUUUCUGUGGGGUUUUGUGGGGGUUUUGGGGGACCUUUGUGGGAGUAGCAGAAUUCGUCAGGUGACGAAUUCAAUAUAUUUUAUUUUUUAUAUUUAUUCGAAUUCAAACUCAAAGCGAUUGUAAUCUUCAAUAUUUCAGCUGACUAUGGACUCCACAUAAUGGUACUGAGGUGUAUGGGUGGCUUCUACGAGGCAAACUGACCCUAAAUAAAUUACUGACAUGAAUAAAUUAUUAUUU